GCUGGGAGCGUAACACCUGCGUUUCUAGGAGCUUCGUGCUGUGGGUGGCUUAAGAUUUUGGGGUCGUACAGGCCCACACCAGACACGACGUGUGGCAGGAACCUUGGCCUCAGAGAUGGCUCUGAGUAAAUCAAUGCAUGCAAGGAAUAGAUACAAGGACAAACCUCCUGACUUCGCAUAUCUGGCAUCCAAAUAUCCGGAUUUUAAGCAACAUGUUCAGAUAAAUCUGAAUGGAAGAGUGAGUCUUAAUUUUAAAGACCCUGAAGCAGUCAGAGCUCUGACUUGUACUCUCCUGAGGGAAGAUUUUGGACUUUCUAUUGAUAUUCCAUUGGAGAGACUAAUUCCCACAGUUCCCUUGAGGCUCAACUAUAUUCAUUGGGUGGAAGAUCUGAUUGGUCACCAGGACUCUGACAAAAGUACUCUACGAAGAGGAAUUGACAUAGGUACGGGGGCAUCCUGCAUCUAUCCCUUACUUGGAGCAACCUUAAAUGGCUGGUAUUUCCUUGCAACAGAAGUGGAUGACAUGUGUUUCAACUAUGCAAAGAAAAAUGUGGAACAGAAUAACUUAUCUGAUCUCAUAAAAGUGGUGAAAGUGCCACAGAAGACACUCCUGAUGGAUGCUCUUAAAGAAGAAUCUGAGAUAAUCUAUGACUUUUGCAUGUGCAACCCUCCCUUUUUUGCCAAUCAAUUGGAAGCCAAGGGAGUAAAUUCUCGAAAUCCUCGAAGACCUCCACCUAGUUCUGUAAAUACAGGAGGCAUCACAGAGAUCAUGGCAGAAGGAGGUGAAUUAGAGUUUGUUAAAAGGAUCAUUCAUGACAGUUUACAACUUAAAAAAAGAUUAAGGUGGUAUAGCUGUAUGCUAGGGAAGAAAUGCAGCCUGGCACCUCUGAAGGAAGAGCUUCGCAUACAAGGGGUUCCUAAAGUCACCUACACUGAAUUCUGUCAAGGUCGGACAAUGAGAUGGGCCUUAGCGUGGAGUUUUUAUGAUGAUGUAACAGUACCAUCACCACCAAGUAAGCGAAGAAAAUUAGAGAAGCCAAGGAAACCCAUUACGUUUGUAGUGUUGGCAUCUGUGAUGAAAGAAUUAUCCCUCAAAGCAUCUUCUUUGGGCUCUGAGACAGUGGAAGGCAUAGUGGUUGUCACAACAUGGAUUGAAAAAAUUCUCACCGAUCUGAAGGUCCAGCAUAAACGAGUGCCCUGUGGAAAAGAGGAAGUUAGCCUGUUCCUAACAGCCAUAGAAAACUCUUGGAUUCAUUUAAGGAGAAAGAAAAGAGAGCGAGUGAGACAAUUGAGAGAAGUUCCGAGAGCUCCCGAGGAUGUCAUUCAAGCCUUGGAAGAGAAAAAAUCCACCCCCAAAGAGUCCGGCAAUAGCCAAGAAUUGGCCAAGGAUCCCCGGGAGAGUGCCCUGUGUGGGCCUGCUCUGCGGGAAGGCGAACCUGCUGCCGUUGAGGGCCGUUGCCCAAGCCAGGAGUCACCUGCCCGGGAGGAAAACCCAGAACCCAUGGAGGAUGAAAGGAGUGAGGAAAAGAGAGGGAUGGAGGUUUUGGAAAGUUGUAAAGGCUCCAGCAACGGAGCCCAAGACCAAGAGGCUUCUGAGCAGUUUAGCAACCCAGUGGCUGAAAAGGGCAAACAUCUCCAAGGAAUGGCUGGACAAUACCUGUUUAAGUGUUUGAUAAACGUUAAGAAGGAGGUGGACGAUGCCUUAGUUGAAAUGCAUUGGGUCGAGGGCCAGAACAGGGAUUUGAUGAACCAGCUUUGUACCUAUAUACGUAACCAAAUUUUCAGGCUUGUGGCUAGUUAACUCCAAACUCCUUGCACAGCUGGAAUAGUGUGAAGCAGCUUGCUUUGGAGUGUCCUGUAGGGUGACAAGAGGAAUUCCACCACUGGCCCAUUAGAAGCAUUUUGUGGAGUUUAAAAAACAAAAAACAAAAAAAAAUCCCCCAAACCAGAAACCAAUUAAUUCAUUUUUAAACUGCCCCCUGCCCCCCACCCCCCCACCCCGCCCAGCUGGUUUUUAAGGUUACAGGGAAUUGUAGUAUGGUAGUUCAGGAGGAAGAAUUAUAUCAGUAACAACAAAAAGCCAUCAGUAAACUCAUGAGGGAUUUAAAGCCGACUUAAGCUGGUCCCUUCAGCUUUGGACUGGUCGUCUGAGGUCAAAAGGAUUGUUUGUGGAGUCUGUCCUGGGCAGCACUGCCCAGAGCAUCCUGUUCUCUGUCACCCAAGGGUGCUUCUUGAGGAGGGGUGGCUCUUGGCUCACAAUUAGGGCACACAGGCCCUGAUUCUCUCUUCUGGGUCACCCUUCAAGACUGACACUGGCUCGGGUGCAUAUGAUUGCUUGACCCUGUGUCAGUCCUCAGAAAGGAACUGGCCCAGUGGGAGAGUCGAGGAGGAAAGCUUAGUAAUGCCAGAAAGAAGGGCAGAUCUGGAGAAUGGCGCAUUCCUGACUCAGGCUGUUUUGAUGUUGUUUAUUUCAGAAGCAGAAUGAGGUAAGCAAAACUCCUAGGUGUGACUGAGACACAGCAAAACGCACCCAUACCCCCACCCCGGCCUGUCAGAAGCACCGUUUUAUAGCAGUUUCACUGCUGUAUGAUUUUUGUUUUGACAUAUGAAGUGAAACUUGUUUUUAAUAUAAGAAUAUUCAAAAUUGAAAACUGCCAAUCCUGUUUGAAUCGUGGAGUUAGGGAAAAUAUUUUCUUUGCUCUGAGUGGGUAAGUGAUUGAUGAUAGAAAUGAGAAAUGGAGCAAGAGAGUAUGUGCAGUAGGAAGCUUACGAAAGUCUUGUCUAUUGGCAGAUAAUUUGUUACUGAUCAAAUUCUGCGUUUUGUGGCUUCACUUGUAAUCCUCUCUGUGCUUACCUACUCACACUGGGAAUUCUGAGGCCUGGGUCACCAUCCAUGUCCUUAAAACAUGCUUCUAAUCGGAAUGCCGGGGUUCAGCAGAAAGACCUCUGGAAGAGGAGUCUCUUUUUUUGAUCUCUCAGUAACCCUCUGCUGUGCUUGACUUUUAUAGCUUGAUUUUACAUCAGCAGCCCAGGGUUCUAUUUAGACCAAAAUCUUUGAGCAUAGUGCCAGAGCUUCUUGUCAUCUGCAAAGAAGACUGGUGCUGGAUCGUUAGGCCACCCUUUUGAGAGGUGGCGGUUAGGGCAGAAAGCAGAUGACCUUGGCACAUCUUGGCAACAGCUAGAUCAGGCCCUUAGCAGAGAUACAGGAAGUGGAACUAGUGUGCUUCCCUCUGGCAGUGGAGCUGGAGCUAGAGAAGAGAGCGUAUUGACCAGCGUUCCUAACCUGGUCUGUGGACCUCCAGGUAAUCUAGAAGUUUCCUGGAAUUAUUUCCAAAAGGCCUGUGAGCAUAUGUAUUUUGUUAUUCCGCCGCCCCCCCCUCCACCCCCAGAGAGAGGGUCUAUGACAUAGGUCAGUAAUCUAAGGAUUAAGAACCAGUAUUUUAGUCCAACCAUUCAUUUGACAGGAUGAGGAAACCGACAUCCAGGGUCACACAGCGCCAAGAUUCAAUCCAGGACCCUGGAUUCCCUGAGUCCAGUAAUUUUCUGCUAUACCAGCCCAUACCACCAUCCUGGUGUACUUCUUUUUUUUUUUUUACCACUGAGUUACCAACUGAAACUUACCUCUGAUCAAUACCACACUGGCGUCAUAUGCCAGACCCAAACCUAGUUUUCUUGACAUAGUUUUAGAAUAAUUGAGUUAAGUGGCAACUGUUCAUUCAAUAAGUAGUCAAUAAGAAUUUGUUGUUUGAUUGUUUGUUUUAUGAAAGAGUAGCACAUGCUUAUUAAAGAAGAUUUGAAAAAUGAAAGUCAAAAACUUACAACAAAACCACUCCCAGUUUGAACCUUCUCUCACACGGCCACUCUUGGUAUUCGUGUGUUUCUGUCCAAUCUUUCUACAGGUGGGGUGUGUGAGUGAGUGGUUUUAACUUUGGUUGUACUCAUGCUGUAUACUCAGUUUUAUAUUGUGGUUUGUUUCAUUUAAUGUCUUGUAAGUAUUUUUCCAUGUUAUAAUAGUAGUAUAUUUAUUUACACUUCUUGCCUUUUCCAUAUAUCUUUCUGGCACAGUAUUGGCCUUUAAGUCUAGUUCUUAGCUAUUCCCAGAGAAUACUCUGUGUAACUGGAGGCACAAAAGGUGUGUCUGUGUCUGUAUGUAUUUUAGUGCCUAGGUUUAAGGUGUGGUGUCAUGGAGGAAGUUUUAUAGCUAAUAAUCUUAGAAUUUAAAAAUUAUGUGACAAGGGAGACUUCCACAGUCUUAGAAGUACUAGAGCUAUGAGUGCCUUUCUUGCAUUUGGAUGUCUUCAUUUCCUUCUCUGGGAAGAAUAGUUUAUUUCUUAGACUAUCUAAUGAGAGAACACUGAAAACAUUUUAAAAGAACAUCUACAAAUUGUUUUGGUCAUGCAUAUGUUUUAUCGUUGUGUGAUGUGUGAUAGCAUGUAUCUCCAGUAUAGGCGGAAAGGAUCUUUUUCUUUAAAAAAAAUUGACCCAUGUGUCAUAAUGUUGAGUGAUACUCUCCUGAAAUGUCUAGAGGUCAAGUUCAUGUUGGUGGAUUGGCAUGAAAUUAAAUCCUUGUGGUAUUAUCUUAAAUUCUAUUCUGGCCCCUAGAAUUGGCUUCUGAUCUCUUGAUAACUAAAGUGGGAACAGAAGCGGAGCUUGUUUUCUGAGGUGAACUAAAGCUGCUUUUGUUCCUUGGAAUCUGCUUUGCCUCCAUCAGUUUGGUUCUUUCCCCCCACAUCCUUGCCCAGCUGUUCCCACACCAGAGCUUUGCUGCAUGUCCUCUCAGGGUUGACAGCUCUGUGGUGGCAUUUCAGCUAAUCUCAAGGCUUUAUGUAGAUUAGUAUAUAUUUUUAAAAACAUAAAAUGUCUCUUCUCUUGAUAGAAAUCAAAGCUUAUCAUAUGAGCACUUGAACUUCUUGUUCUGAUAGGAAUACUAAAACUACAAGGUGUGGAAAAGAUGCAAGCCUCUGGAAAAUCUGAGGCCUUUUAAAAGAAGAGAGUUGAUGAAUUCUUGACUGGCUGUGGGAGCCCCUCCACCUUCCUUAAACCACAGCGUUUCCCUUUGUAGCCACACGGGGGCAUCUUCGGCCCUUUGAUCAAGUGCCUUAACCACUGUGGGAAUGGAUAAAAUUGUGUCUGUAGUACUUUCUUGAAAUAGCCAAUUGCUACCCAGAUUUGUAUUUUUGUGUAAACAAGUACAUUUUCACAUAAACAAAAUUUGAAAAGUCAAAGUAAAAAGAAAACACUACCCAUGGUCUUAUCUGGCAUAAUCCCUUUCAACCUUUUGAUGGUUUUUAUAGUCCCAGUUGACUAUUUUUUUCUUUUCUUUCCAUCUGCCCUUCUACUCUAGAAUAUAUCUAGGCUGGGCCAGUCCUUUGGAUCAACUUUUUGUUUGUAUUCCAGUUAAUGGGGAUACUGGAGGGAGGAUGUUUAGUUAACUUAAAACAGUAACUUCUCAAAAGCCUUUUAUUUCCUUUCUCUUUGUCCCCAUAAAAUCAGCAAGCCACUUGGCCUCAGUGCUGACACCUUGGAUGCCAUGCCAUCUUUCUCUCUCUCUUCUCUCUCACUCUCUCUCCUUCUAAGAAGAUGAAAUAAACUGUUUACUUAUAUAUAUAUAUAUCCUAAUCUCUGCAUGAGAAAUCUUUCUCCCACACCGUGAACACCUAGCGAGUUUUCCACCCUUAUGGUUUUUCGUGGUCCCAAUUGACUAUUUUUUCUUUUCUUUCCAUCUGCCAUUCUACUCUAGAAUAUACCUAGGCUAGGCCAGUCCUUUGGAUCAACUUUUUAUUGGUAUCUGGUUAAUGGAGAUAGUGGUGAGGGAAUGUUUAGUUGUCUUAAAACAGUAACUUUUCAAAAGGCUUUUGUUCCACAGCCUUUUGUAACAGAGAUCUCAAGAGAGAAACUGUCUUUAAUGUUCUUCUGUUGAUCCUUGUUUGGGUUUAUCUGGCUGGCUGACUAACAUGCAUCUGAUAUGUUGUUUAAAUCCGAAGUCGGUGAGGGUUCUGUGUGGUGUAUGUUACAUAGGUUAUCUAGGCCUUGUUUCUCACAAGAGGUGUCUCUGUGUAGAAGAUGUGUAUUACGGCCCCUGGGGUCUGUGCGGGCUGGCACAGGAUCUGAUGUUGGGGGUGGCUGCCCAGCAGUUCUGCAUAUCAGGAGGAAGAAGGUCCAGUUUGGAAAACUAAGUCAGGAGCCCUCUGGAAGAAGGAAAGUCAAAGGUGCAGCAGUUUUACAGCCAUCCAGGGGGUGCCCUGAGGAAAGGGACGUGACCGCAUUGUUUGUCAGGAAGUUGGUGCUCAGAUUUGGUUUGUUGAAUGGGCAUUAACCUCAGUAAAACCCAGAAGAGGCUUAAUUGAAUGAAUUGGCUUGUGCCUCGUGGAGCAGGGCAUUGAUGGUCCUGAACCUUUCUAAUAAUCGCAAGUAUACACCUCUCGGUGCACUGCCAGCGCAGUGUUAGAGAGCCCUGCACGGGGCUCACCCCACUAACAGUGGGGCGUCACACACAUACCGCAGAGUUCCUGCUCUGCUCUGUGAAGACAUUCAGAUCCUCUGCUGUGACUCACCCAAAUGACUAAAACAGCGGUUGAUUUUUUUAAUUGCUGGUUGGAACAGCUAAUGCUCCGUUUUGGAACAGCUAAUGCUGCCUAUUGGAGGCUGUGCUUUUUACUCCCAGGAACUAUGUUGUGACUGGGUGAAGCCCUGGCACCUCCGAAUGCCCUCUGAGGCGCAGCUUACCUGCCUGUCUCAAUCCAAGCAGAAACAUCAGGGACUCCGGGCUUUCUUCAGGGAAGUAGAGGAUCAUGGGUGCUUGUUAUGAGCAGGGAAUGGAGCGAAGAAGGGGUGGAGCAGACAGCGCAGUUAGUUGUGGCAGAAUUGGUUUGUGUCUGAUGCUCUGAAGAGGGCAAAGGCUAUGUAAAUCCAGGAUACGUUUCCAGCCACCCUAGGGGAGUGAAAGGAAAGCACAGACUUUGCAGUUCAUCAGACCCGGCUUCACGCUGCAGUUCUAUUCCUCUUACGGGUAAGUCAGUUUGUCCUGGGCCUUGGCUUCCUCACGUAAAAGAUGAGGGAUUCUUGCUUCACAGUCGUAGCAGCACUGAGGUGAGAGAAGGCCUGAAACACCCAGGAGAGGGCAGGAACAAAGAGCAGGCUUCUCCACUAGCUCAUCUCUUCUGGUUCUUCUGUGAGUUUUUGACUUCUGAUUAGAAAAUCUUAUAAGUGGACUCAAAUGAAAAGGCCCAGACCUCAGGUAUAUAACUGCAGGUGUAGUGUACCACCUUUGGACCAGAAACAAAACCCGUACUUCCAUGUUAUGGAGGGAGGAACAGGGGACUGAUAUUAGAUUGUCCACCUGCUACAUGGAUUGUCUCAUUUGAUAACCCUGUAAGGUGGUGUGGUGUCCCUGUGUGAUGGUUGAAGGAAAUGGAAGCUCAGAAAGCUCCCAUGACUUGCCCUAAAGUCAUCCACAAAUCUAAGUCAUAGAAAUGGAAUAUGAACCCAGGUCCAAGAAGCUGAGACUGGGAUCUUGUGCCAAAAGUCAGAAUUCUAUGACAAGUGCUGCACUUAGGAUGGAAAUGUACUUCCAGGCUCAUCUGACCCACCUCUAGGGAACGAGAUGCAAUUAUGUGACACAAGGAAGAGAGAAAAGGCAUCUCUUACCCAGCUUCACAGUUUAGCACUUUAAGGUAAUAUUUUCCAGCCUAUGAUCAAUGAGUAAGAUUCAGUAAGUGAAAUUACUUAUAAUUAGUUCUUAAUUCAUGCUACCAAAUCUUUGCAGAGUUUUGCAUUUGGCAGUAGUGCAGAUAAUUAAGUAGUUAGUGAAAGCACAUGUUGGACCAGAAUCAAUGUGAAAUAACUGAUAAUUAGGUAAUGACUCUUUGACAAUACAUAAUUGUAUAAUAAUGGAAAAGAGGUUUAAUUCUUUUUUUAAUAAGGCAGCUCCAAAUAUUUCACAUACAGAACAACACAAAACUCAUGUGCUUUUUGAGCUUGCUGGAGAAGGUAGCAAUUGUCAGAGAAGCAGCAGUCCUCUUCCCCAGGUAGGGUGCGUGAACUAGCGUAAAUCUGGGGAAAAGCAAAGACGCCCUGCCAUCUGGUGGGACCCAUUCAGAGGGAAUGUGGCCCCAGAAAUCUAGAAACCAGAGCCAAGAAAUUCCCAGCUGGGGGACUUGGCUGGUUCCAGCAGCCAGGCAGCCCCCGGGGAAACGGCAGCUUGUGCUGCUGCUGUCCAAAAAGAGGCGGCUCUCCGGAGAGCCCUGCAGAGCGGGACCCCCUCCCAGGACAGUGGGUGAGGUGGGGACCUGCUCCCGUAGACUUGCCAUUGGAAGACUUUAUGUCUCUUGCUGGGAAAGGGGGAGUCCCAGUCUGCUCUAAUGGUGGAUCCUUAUUUCAGACACGUUUGUCCCAGGAUUCCUGCCUGCAGGGCCACAAGUGGGUACGUUUGGGGUCUCUGUGGGCCAAACCCUGGCCAGUAUUUCAGUGAGCUCUGGACCAGUACAGAUAAGGACUUUUUCAUUCACGAAGAAAAAACAUUUCCUCAUCUUCUUUACCAGGGGCCAGGCAAGAAGGGAAAGAGUUCAUGCCCAAGCUUUUAUUCAACUCCUGUUGGUUAUUGCCAUGCUAAAAUCAACGUCCAGCGUUGUUGGAUCUUCUGAUUUUUUGAGGGAAGCCAGAAAUCCAGAUUUAUGAAAAAUUUUUUUAGUUGUGAAUCCUGACCACUGAUUCUUUUAUGAAAACCAUGGUAAACCAUUACUUUAUGACCUCUUCUCCCAUGGGGUGAGAGAACUGUGGGUAUAUUUGCUGCCUCCACUUUGCUCAUUUACUGUAGCUGCUGGCCUGGUUGCUACCUGUCCUCCCUUUCCAGGGCUCUUCCCACCUCUUAAAGGGAGAGUCCCAAGGAUUCUAUCCAUGGGCCUGCUUGCCCUUCGCCCCACUCUGGCUGACCACGUCUGCCCCAGCGACUUCAGCUGCUACUCACCCGUAUGUUCAUCGUGCCCAAAUCCAGACCUCUCCCAAACUUCCAGCAUCCACUGACCUAUCCGCCUACCAGACAUCUCCCUCAGGACCCUGGCUGUGUGACACUCACCUGACUGGCUGUACCUGCUUCUCCUACGUCGUGAUCACCAUCCACCCAGCUGUCCAGAUGAGAAGUCUCUGCUCUUCCCUCUCCUUUCCCACCCGGGACUGAAGUCUUCCACUAAAUCCUGUCAAUUCCGCCUUAGAAAUCUCUCCCCGGUCUAGCUCGACCUGUCCACCCCUUAGUGCCACUGCCUUAAUGUGGUUCCUCAUGGCCCACGUGGACUGUAAGAGUAGCCUUCAUGGUCUCUGGGGAUCUUCAGCGUAAAGCAGCAGAAUAAGCAGAUUUAGAUAUACUGGGGGGAAGCAAGAUGAAGAAACCUGCUUUGGGGGCUGAACCAGGAGCUUUCAGAAGAAAAACUAGGACAGGAAGUAGAUCCAUAUGCACAGGUGAGUUAGCUGAGAUCAAAGAAUGGGAGGUCCUUUCUGGUAAAACACAGGCCAGUCUUUUCCCUGUGUGACAGUUUCAUUUUACAAAAGCAAUACUUUUCAUUAUAAAAAAUUUUAGAAAAUAAUGAAUAAAACUACAGUUCCACUACUCAAAGGAAAUUAUUUUAUAUUUUGUUGUCUUAGUAUUUUUAUAUGCAUAUAUAUUUUUUACACAGCAAAUGUGGAAUCAUUGUACAUUACUGUUGUAUAAUCGUUUUCAUUUAGCAAUACAUUGUGAUGACUUUUUUCUGAUUAUAAAACUAAUAUGUGGUUCAGAAAACUUGUGAAAAUAAAAAUGACCAGUAAUCACACUGCCCGAAGACAA